AGGCAGUCCAGCACAGAGAAAACCAUGUGUUCGCUGCUCUGCCUCUGAAUGGCUACACUUUCCAAACACAGACCGACAAUGCGAAUACUUCUGUACCUAGAGGCCUGUUUCUAAAGAGCCCAUUUGAAUGCGAGAGAUGCAAUCAGACAUGCGGUCUAGUCUCUGUCUUAUUGCUGUUCCUUUGCACUUUCUAUCAAACACACACUUCUAUUUGGACCAUGAGAGGGAUAAUAUGGAUUCCUGGUUGGAUAUGUGAAGAGGCUUGGUGAGAGGAGAAUCUGUCCGGUUUGAGGAGCUGUUGGGAUUUCCUGAUUAAGGGCCACACGAAGUGAGGGAAUGUGCACCUGAGGAAACGUCCGCCCUCUGACUUCCGCAGGCGAGCACAUGCUGUGUUUGCCCAAUCACAAACGCGGCUCACAGGCAGAGAGGCAUCAAUUGUGCUGGACACUCGUGGGGCUCUCCUAUCUCAGUGGGCUUACAAGCACGCUCAAGUUGAGGGAUGGCAAACGCGGGAGGCGGAGGGGGAGGAACGGGCCGGAGUGAGAGGUCUGUUUUUGCCAAGUCGGCCUCGCAGACGGCCAGCUCCCGUCCCCCGACCAGCGCCGACUGCCGGCUCCUAAACAAGACCCUGAAGAGGCUGGCGAAGCUGCACCGCCUGAGCACCAACCCGCGCCUGAAGCUGAAGAACAGCCCUCCCUACCUGCCGGACCUUGUGGGUGAGACCGCCGCCUGGCUGACCGAGGUGUGGGAGCCCUACAGGGCGGGCGCGGCCGGCGGGUCGGGCGGGCGGGUCCCGCGGGGUGACGAGGGGGAGUACCUGAGGAUCCACGUUAGACACCUGCUGGACAAGACGGACAGAGCUGUGCUGCUGUUUAAGGACGGCAGAGAGAGGAUGUUUGACGAAAACUCAACUUGCAGGAAGAAUCUGACAAAGCUGUCCCUGCUCUUCAGCCAUAUGCUGUAUGAGCUGCGAGCCCUGUUUCCAGGGGGCCGGUUUCAAGGGGACACCUACAGAGUGACUAAGACAGAAGCUGGGGAGUUCUGGAGGAGCGCUUUUGGAGAGAGGUGUAUAGUGCAGUGGCACACAUUUAAGCAGCAGCUGAAGCAGGUGCACGGGUUUGAGGAGGGGAUGGAGGCCAUGGCUCUGAAAUCCACAGUGGACCUCACCUGCAAUGACCAUGUGUCUAUCUUUGAGUUUGACAUUUUCACCAGGCUCUUCCAGCCCUGGUCAACCCUGUUGAGGAACUGGAACCAACUGGCAGUGACUCACCCAGGCUACAUGGCGUUCCUUACCUAUGACCAGGUCAAGACCCGCUUGGAGAACUACAUCCACCGGCCUGGAAGCUAUAUCUUCCGUCUGAGCUGCACGCACAUGGGCCAGUGGGCUAUUGGUCAUGUGACAGGGGACGGCAGCAUUGUACAGACAAUCCCCCAGAAUAACCCUCUCUCCCAGGCACUUAUCAAGGGAUUCAGAGAGGGCUGCUACCUGUAUCCAGAUGGCCGCGACAUCAACCCUGACCUCACCAGCCUGUGCGACUCCGUCCACAAGGGAAAAGUCAAAGUCACAGAGGAACAGUAUGAGCUGUACUGUGAGAUGGGCAGCACCUUCCAGCUGUGUAAGAUUUGCACGGAGCGUGACAAGGACACGAGGAUAAAGCCCUGCGGACACCUGCUGUGCAAGCCCUGCCUCACCGGCUGGCAGAAGUCAGACGGGCACACGUGCCCGUACUGUCGCUGUGACAUCAGGGGCACGGAGUCCAUCUCCAUUGAACCCUUCCUGCCGGACAGGGAGAGGAAGGCUGUGGAACAGGAGGAGGAUGAGGAUGAGGAAGAGGAUGAUGAUGACUUGGAGGACGUGGAGUUGGUGAUGAAGGAGCUGGCCUCCAUGAGAAGGGUGCCAGCAGAGUACCAGAGCCCCUCUCUUGGCCUCAGGCCCCCACCCCUUCCCCCAAAACAGAGCACCUCCUCCCCCUGCCCCUCCCCGAGACCCCCCCUCCGAACCUCCGUGUCCGAGGUCCACGCCAAGCACUCUCAGUCUCGCUCUACCCAUGGUAGCUCUCACAUGGAGAGACAGCUCCAUAGACAGAGUGCCUCAGCUAACAGAUGGCAGUGGGAAGAAUACUCCAGCAGUGAAGAGGAGAACUCUGGGGGCUCCAGACCGCUACCACUUCACAGCCCCCACUUCAACAGUGAACAGUCCAGUACUGAAGUACCACCCUCACAAGCGGGUAGAGACAGCGGUGUGCUCUGGGCUGGACCGACGGCUGUGGAAAGAGACGGGCGGAGAGAGAGAGAGAGGGAGGAGAGGGCGGCUAUGCUGCGGAAAGAGAGACACAACCGGAGAGAUAUGGAAAGAUCCAUGUCCUCCUGAAAUGGCCCACCCGCUGACUGGGGGCUCAGAGGACCGUUCUAAUCAGAGUGAUCAAUUUAUCAUUAUGAAUGAACUGAACUGAGUCUGGGCUCAAUCCCCCCUAUCACACACACCGUCUUGUCAAGAAAGUGACCUGCAUCACAUAUAUAAUGCUAAGGUUUACACUGCAAUGCAAUGUAUAGAGUUAGGAAUAAUUAUUUUCGAGGUAAUCUAUGACAUAGAAAGAGAUUCAGUUUG